AUAGACCAUGUAUCGUUUUUUGACUUAUUUCUUCCUGAAGUACGAAUAACUGCGCAUUAUGUGAAUAUGGGACUCCUCACAACUUCCAGCUACUUCCCCCUGACACUUUUGGCAUGUUUUGCGAAACUGGUUUUAUCGUGAGUUUAUGUGACAGACUCGUUAUGUUAUAUCAGGACUUCAAUUGGUCGAGUAAACUGGAAAGAAAGGGGAGCUUGUAAGAAGAGGACUAUUUAUAUACACUUUAUUUCGCCCCAUAAACACCGGAUACGCGCUUGGUGCAUCUGUCACUGAACUCGUGUUGUUAUUUGCCAAUGGAAAGCUCAUCAAUGUUUGGUGUCCGUCUGUCCCUAAAACAACGAUAUUUCCUCCUGCUGUGUUUAGUUGUCGGUGGGAUAAUUGUUUAUCGGUCCACAAGGAGUCGUCCUGAGGUAAGAAGAAUCAGCCGUGUGGAUGGUCUGAAGGCCAACUCAUCUCAGUUCACCCUGGAGAGUAAACCCUUCCGCAUUUUCGGAGGCUCCAUCCAUUACUUCCGUGUCCCCAGAGCCUACUGGGAGGACCGGCUACUGAAGCUGAAGGCCUGCGGUCUCAACACUCUCACAACGUAUGUGCCAUGGAACCUGCAUGAACCCGAGCGAGGAGUGUUUAACUUUAAAGAUCAGCUGGAUUUAGAAGCCUACCUCCGCCUUGCAGCCCGCCUGGGCCUUUGGGUGAUUCUGCGUCCAGGGCCAUACAUCUGUGCUGAGUGGGAUUUAGGGGGGCUACCCAGUUGGCUACUACGGGAUAAAAACAUGAAACUGAGAACAACUUACCCAGGAUUCUCUGAUGCAGUCAACUCCUUCUUUAAUCAACUCAUCAAGAAAGUUGUUCCACAUCAGUACUCCAAGGGUGGCCCAAUUAUUGCAGUUCAAGUGGAGAAUGAAUAUGGGUCCUAUUCCAAAGAUAAAGAAUAUAUGCCAUUCAUCAAGGAGGCUUUAACAUCAAGGGGCAUCACAGAGCUGCUGCUGACCUCUGACAACAAGGAAGGACUAAAGCUUGGAGGAGUGAAAGGAGCCCUGGAAACCAUCAAUUUACAGAAACUGAACCCAAAUGUCGUCAAGUACCUGGAUGAAAUACAACCUCAGAAGCCAAAGAUGGUGAUGGAGUAUUGGUCUGGCUGGUUCGAUCUUUGGGGGGGCCUUCAUCAUGUGUUCACUGCUGAGGAGAUGACAGCUGUGGUAACUGAAAUCCUAAAACUUGACAUGUCGAUCAAUCUUUACAUGUUCCAUGGAGGGACAAAUUUUGGCUUCAUGAAUGGGGCGUUUGCUGUUGGAAUACCAUCACCUAAACCUAUGGUAACAAGCUAUGAUUAUGAUGCUCCAUUAUCCGAGGCUGGGGAUUACACCACCAAGUACCUUCUUCUGAGGAAUUUAUUCAGCCACUACCACACCCAGACUCUUCCUGAUCUGCCGCCUGCUCAGGAGAAGAGAGCAUACCAUUCUAUUGUCGUCAGGCAGCACCUGUCUCUGUGGGACAUUCUGCCUUUCAUUGACAAGCCUUUCAAGUCAGAAAAGCCUGUAAACAUGGAGAAUCUCCCUGUCAACAAUAACAAUGGUCAGUCAUAUGGCUACACACUGUAUGAAACCAUCAUCACAAGUGGAGGAUACCUCAACGCCAAGAACAACAUCCGAGACAGAGCACUGGUUUUUGUGGACAAACAUUUUGUUGGUGUUAUCGAUUAUAAAGUGCAAGAACUUGCACUCCCUGAUGGGAAGGGAAAAAGAACGCUCGGGUUACUGGUGGAGAACUGUGGAAGAGUGAAUUAUGGGAACACCCUGGAUGAGCAGCGCAAAGGUCUUGUUGGAGAUAUUGAGUUGAACAAGCGCCCCCUCCGAGACUUCAUUAUUCAUAGUCUGGAUAUGAAGCCGGGCUUUGUACACAGACUUGAGAGUUCAAUUCACUGGGUGUCUAUGCGUCAGCGGCAGACCUUCCCAGGGUUUUUCCAGGCCACAUUGUAUAUAAGCAGAUAUCCUAAAGACACCUUCAUCAAGCUCCCUGGCUGGAGCAAAGGUGUUGUAUUCAUCAACGGCAGGAAUCUGGGACGCUUCUGGUCCAUAGGUCCUCAGCAGACUCUCUAUAUCCCAGGCCCAUGGCUUAACAGGGGGGACAACCAGGUAAUAAUUUUUGAAGAGCAGGAAACAGAUGGCAAGAUCCAGUUUGCCAGUAGCCCUGACUAUGGCAUGGCUGUUGAUGUCCAGUGAGAACAGGAGGUGAGAGGGAAGGACUGAAGAGGGGAGGAGGAGGAGUAGGAUGGGAGAGGUUGGGAGGACUCAGAGCUUUAUCUGCUCAGGCAUCCACGGCCAGCCACGACCAGCAGCACUCAAAAGUCACACACAGUGAACAUGAUAUUUUGUGCCCUAUCAGAAAACCUCAAUGUAGCAGUGAUCCAGACUUAUCAAGCUAUUUUUCACAUGCUGACUGUAUGACAUUCUGUUGUAUCCUUUUUUAUUCAAUUUAGUAACAGUAUAAUUAACGGUUACUCACAUACUGCACAAAUGAAGACCAAGGGAUUGUGACAAAGAAGGAUCUUGAUUAUAAUAAAGUGUUAUAAAAUC